CUGGUGUGUGAACUUGAACGCCUUGUUCUAUUGAUAUGAACUUGAACAGAACUUGAUAUGAACUUGUUCUGCUGGUGUGUGAACUUGAACGCCUUGUUCUAUUGAUAUGAACUUGAACAGAACUUGAUAUGAACUUGUUCUGCUGGUGUGUGAACUUGAACGCCUUGUUCUAUUGAUAUGAACUUGAACAGAACUUGUUCUGCUGGUGUGAACUUGAACGCCUUGUUCUAUUAGUGAACUUGAACAUCUUGUUAUGUUUCAGUGAACUUGAACGUAAGUCACACUCGUAAGUCAGUAAGGAGAGUGCCAAGAGGAGCAGGAGGCAGCAAGUGGCACCGGAGGCACCAUGUGAACUACCCUGAACCAAGGCCUAUGAAGAUAGGGCCAGGUGAAUGUUGUUAUAGAUCCAGCUACUCGGAACAAGUUUCAAGUAGCACGGGCUAUGGUGAGCCCCGUAGUGGACUUACCUGGCACAGGAGCGGUGUGACAAGCCAGGUGAAGCCUCGACCGCCUUAUUAAGCGAAUAUUGUAGCUCCUGGGCUCCGCUUAACCACCCGAGACAAUAUGUAAACAUUUACUACUUCGUGUAGGAGUUUCCGUAACAGAAAUUUUUAUGUGCACAUCAAAACAAAACUUAAAUUCGCUAGAUAUAGAGAAGUGACGUACAUGCUUUAGUGUGUAGACGUGUGUAGACACAGUUGCCCUUGCACACGAGUCGGUGUGUACACCAAGAGUGUUCCGUGUACACACCUGUCAUGUGUACAUAGAGAACAGGUGUGUGAUGUACACUCUAGAAUGGCAAGCGGGGUCUGGGGGCAAGAUGGACGUCCCUCCACCACCUCUACCCAAGGGCAUGGCGGCAGUAGACUCCAUCAACUUCGACUCUGCAGACUUCAACCUCAUCAACUGGAUGGCCUUAGAGGGCAACCUAACGGACCUCUCGCACAACCUCUCCCACCUGUUGAACCUCACCAGCGGCCUCAACCCCAACUUUUUCUACAAGUUCGAGAAGAACCGGGGCGUGAGUGACGGGGCGUUCUUCACCCUCAUGGCCGCCUACGUCAUCCUCAUAAUCCUCGGAGCCACGGGCAACUCCCUCGUAGUGAUGGCCGUCAUCAGAAAGCCCGCCAUGCGCACCGCACGAAACGUCUUCAUCAUAAACCUGGCCAUUUCUGACCUGCUGCUGUGUCUGAUCACCAUGCCGCUGACCCUGAUGGAGCUCCUGUCGCAGUACUGGCCGCUGGGGGACUCGCCCUUCGCCUGCAGGCUCGUCGGGACUCUUCAGGCCACGUCUAUCUUCGUCUCCACUAUCUCCAUCACCGCUAUCGCUCUCGACAGAUAUCAUGUGAGUUUGUUGUCACGUGUGAGCCUUUGUUUACGCUACGGGGGCCACGUGGCUUUUGUUUACACUGUGGUCCACACGUCUUUGUUUGUACUGUGGACACGUGGCUUUGUUUAA